AUGGGUUGCAAUAGCUCGAUGACCGUGCCGGCUUUGGAGGUAGUUGUGCAAGACGGGAAGGCAGCCAAAGCUCUUUUUGAGUUUUGCCGCAAGGAUGAAAAAGCUGCCCGUCUGUCGAGAGCGCACAGGCGCCCCGUGGACAUGGAUUCGUCAUGGGAUUUCGAGAGGACGCCUAUUGCCGUGCCUUAUGGCAUGUCCGUCCGCCAUGCGCCCACGCGGAAAUUGCACGAGCGGCAUCUGGAGAAGCUGAACCGCUUCCUCGCUGGUGUGGAGCAUCAGCCCCAAGUGCUGGAGGACAUGAUCAACAAGCGGCGUGGUUCGCUUUCAGCCUGGGCCGUCCUUCUGGAGGAAAGUGAAGGAGUCGGUGAGCAUGUUAAGCUGACACUCUGA